AUGCCGGUCAACUUGGAGAUGCGAAUUAAGAAUCUGGACGAUGUGUUCCGUGAGCAAUGGAAUACGUUCGAUGAGGCGUCUAAGUAUAUCACAAAAGCGCUCACCCACGAGUACUUUGGACCAUGGCAACACAUCUCGAAUAUAUUGGGAGCUUGUCAGAGCCGCAACAAAAUCAUCACAGGAGACUAUCUUCGUGCGGACAGCUACGAAUCGAUGAGAAUCAUCAACACCCGUAUGACCGAUGUGCUCAACGCGAUCAUUCCAGUCCGUGACUUCAUGGCGUUUGCAAUAGAGCAGUAUGAGAAACAAAAAGAGGAGACUCGCAUGGAGAUUGAACGUCUGAAGCAGUUGGAGGAGGCUCGUCUCAAGGAACUUGGACCGAUCGAUGUUUUGAAGAAGGUCGUGGAUGGGCUCGAUGAGCUGAAGAUCGUUACCGUCAACAAGAAGACAAUUCAGCCAGCGGCUCCAGCCGAGGAAGCUCGAGCUCCAGCUCCAUCUGAGACCAAUCUUCUGCUCAACGAGCAAGCCGAGAAGUUAAAUGUCUACGAGGAGCCACCAAGACGUGGACGUUCGUUCUUCAAGUGCUUUGGAAGACGCUAA